ACAUUUACACACCACCGGUUUGGCCUCCUGUCUUUCACAUGGGAGUGGCUCAUCUUCUCAUAUUCACACUAUCUUUGCAAGCUGGCAGUGAUUGCCUUGCUGGUCGGAGAAAGGUUCGUUUUCACUGAGUUCGGCUGCAGCCUUAAAGAAGAAGGGAGGAGUGCAAAACAGACUUUUCCGUAUCUAUCUUCUCAUCGACAAAGCUCCUCGACAAACACCUCAGCAAUGGCGGAGGCCCACCAGGCAGUGGCUUUCCAGUUCACCAUAACUCCUGAGGGGAUUGACCUGCAGCUGUCCUAUCAAGCCCUGAACCAGAUCUACCUGUCAGGGGUGCGAUCGUGGAAGAAGCGAGUCAGCCGCAUGAGGAACAGGGUGAUCAAGGGAGUGUACCCUGCCAGCCCGUCCUCCUGGCUCUUCGUCGUCAUUGCCAUCCUCGCCACCAUGUACAUGCGCUCUGAUCCCAGCAUGGGGCUCAUCACCAAGAUACAGCAACACCUGCCGCUCAGCCUCCACGUGUCGCUCAGUGCUCAGGGUCAGACCAUGUUGUCAGCUCUCGUCUUCAGCACACUGCUCUGGCUCUCCCUCAUCCUUGCGCUCAGGUUCUGUCUCAAACUGCUGCUCUCCUACCACCAGUGGAUGUUCGAACAGCAUGGCCGUGUGUCCAAUGUCACCAAAGUCUGGGUGACUCUGUUGAGAUUACUAUCAAGCAGGAAGCCUCUGUUGUACAGCUAUCAGACCUCUCUGCCUCACCUGCCUGUGCCUGCCAUCAAAGACACACUGAGCAGGUACCUGAAGUCAGUGCGCCCUCUGCUGCCUGAUCCAGAGUACAAACGGAUGACUGAAUUGGCCAAUCACUUUGAGUCAAACCUGGGAAACCGCCUGCAGCGCUACCUGAAGCUCAAAGCUCUGUGGGCCACUAACUAUGUGAGUGACUGGUGGGAGGAAUUCAUCUACCUGAGGGGCAGAGGUCCCAUCAUGGUCAACAGCAACUACUACGGCAUGGACUUUCUGUACGUGACACCAACCCCACUGCAAGCCGCAAGGGCAGGAAAUACCAUCACUGCACUGCUGCUCUACCGCCGCAAGGUCAACAGGGAGGAACUCAAACCGAGUCGCGUUCCAGGCACCGUCAUCCCUCUGUGUGCUGCUCAAUGUGAAAGGAUGUUUAACACGACGCGUACUCCAGGAGUUGAGACCGAUGUGCUCCAGCACUGGCAGGAUAGUGAGUUUGUAGCAGUGUACCACAAGGGACGCUUUUUCCGCCUGUGGGUGUACCGCGCAGGCCGCCUGCUGACUCCCAGGGAAAUCGAGUUCCAGAUCCAGAGGAUCUUGGAUGACGCUUCAGCUCCCCAGCCGGGGGAGGAGAAACUGGGGGCUAUCACUGCGGGUGACAGAGUUCCAUGGGCUCACAUGAGGAAACAGUACUUCAGCUCUGGUAUCAACAAGCGCUCCCUUGACGCCAUCGAGAGAGCUGCCUUCUUUGUUACUUUGGACGAUGAGGAACAAGGCAUGAGGGGAGAGGACCCCGCAGGCAAUUUGGACCGCUACGCCAAGUCCCUGCUCCACGGGAAAUGUUACGAUAGGUGGUUUGAUAAAUCCUUUUCCAUUGUGAUCUACAAGAACGGGAAGAGUGGACUGAAUGCAGAGCACUCCUGGGCUGAUGCACCAACAGUGGCCCACCUUUGGGAGUACACCCUGGCCACAGAUGCCUUCCAGCUGAAAUACAAUGAGGACGGACACUGCAAAGGUGAGGUGGACCUAUCACUACCCCUCCCUCAGAGACUCACCUGGGAUAUCCCCUCAGAGGUUCAGGACCAAGUCCACAGCUCCCUGGCUGUUGCCCAGACACUGGCAGACAACGUUGAUUGCCACGUGUUCCCUUUCAGCGUAUUCGGAAAGGGACGGAUUAAGAAGCUCCGCGUCAGCCCCGAUGCAUUUAUCCAGAUUGGCUUACAACUGGCAUACUACAGGGAUCGUGGAGGUUUCUGUCUGACUUAUGAGGCAUCAAUGACCCGUCUGUUCAGGGAGGGCCGGACGGAGACUGUGCGAUCCUGCUCCAAUGAGAGCUGUGCCUUCGUCAAAGCUUUGGAGAGUGGAGAGGCAGCGGACCAAUGCAGACUACUCUUCAGACAGGCUUCAGAGCGUCACCAGAACCUUUAUCGCAUGGCUAUGACUGGAGCUGGGAUCGACAGACAUCUCUUCUGCCUUUAUGUGGUCUCCAAAUAUUUGGGGGUGGAGUCACCCUUCCUAAAAGAGGUUUUGUCUGAGCCCUGGCGUCUCUCCACCAGUCAGACCCCAGUUCAGCAGAUAGAGCUGUUUGACAUUAAGAACUACCCGGACUACAUAUCUCUGGGAGGAGGGUUUGGACCUGUUGCUGAUGACGGCUAUGGGGUGUCAUACAUCAUCGUGGGCGAGGAUAUGAUCAACUUCCAUGUGUCCUCCAAAUACUCCUUCUCUGAUACUGACUCGCACAGAUUCGGAGCUCAGAUAAGUCAAGCUCUCCAAGACAUCAUGACUCUCUUGUCCACUGACCCCAAAACUUCCAAAGUCCCAGCCCAGCAUCAGGCCAAGAAGCUCCUCUGAAUACAGCCAAACGCACCUCACCCCAGGGACAAGUGCUCUCCUCCAGAUGUCUUAUCUAAGCAAAGGCAGACCGUUAAUCAGAACUCGUAAUCUGUUAUGUGAAGUGUUUAUUAAAGUUUAAGACACAAUAAGAAAGCUUUCAGGCCACACUCGGACAGAAUCAAACAUGCACAGAAGAUCUUUGUUGAUGUCUGUGGCUGCAUUUCAACUUUCUUCAACAUUCAGCCCAGCGACAAAAAACAGACAUGCCUGAGCGAGAGCACAACCCUCAGAAGCUCUAAUUCACCAUUAAAAUCAUCCAGCCUUCCUGUAUCAACAGGAGCUCAUAAAUAGAUUUGGCAUCAAAAUGUAAACUUAUGUCAGUGUUUUUUUUUUUUUGUUUUUUUUUAUGUAGUUAAAGAUCCAUGUGUAACAUGUCAGCGAGAUUAAGCUUAGCAACACGUGAAUGCAAAAUGCUUGCAAUCCCUACUUUCUUUGAGUUUAUGAAACCUAUGAUGUGCCAUUUUUAAGUAAGAGGGAGCAGAGGUCAUCACUUGAGAAGGAUUCUUAAGGGGGAGAAUGAGAGCAGAGGAAUUUGGACGAACACAUAAAAAAAAAGCAUUAAGGGACCUAAAGUGUUUUUUUUUUAAAACUGCAAUUUUAUGCUAGAGUUUGAGAGUGCAUGUAGGUCUUUGGAAACAUCUGAAACAACACAUGAUCAGACUGAAGCAGAGAUGUUGGAUAAAGGGAAAGAUAUGAAGAGCCCUCUGACCAAAAAGGCUAUUUUCAUUUAAUUUCAUGCGUUUCAACUGGGACUGGACGUUUUUAAACUAGACAAUGAAAGACCCAGUUUAAGCAUGCCCAUUUUAAGUUUUUCCACUUGAUGUUCAGAGUUACAUCUGUCAGUCACCUGAUCUUUGGACAAGAUAUGCAUCCUUAUGUGGAUGAGGAGUUAACUGCCUGAUGUUGUCAACAACAGCAAUGAUGUAAAAAAAAAAAAUCAUCUGCCCUUAAACAUUGAAUGAAGCAUUUUACUCAUUGUUCUUUCUUUUGCAUAUGAGGAUGGAGGAUUCAGAUACUUCUAUCAUCUUUAAAUACUACAGGAAAGUUGAAAGUUCUGCAUUCUAUCACAUACAGUGAAAUAGAAGUAAAGCAAGCAGCAAACCAAUGUUUUCUCUCAUUGUGAAACAUUGCAGUCGCUUGUGGUUUCCCAAAGUUUCAAACCAAUGUCCCAGAUAGUGACAGCUGAAAGGCGGCCAGCCUGAUCUGAGCCUUUGUGAAGCACUAUGGAGAUGGUCAAGCAAGGGUAAAGCUUGUAAUCUUAAUGAAGUUGAAAAAACAGGGUAACCACACAGCUCUUUUGAGUAGGCCACAUUUAGACCAAUCAUAGGCCUGGUAACGUAAUUCCUGAAAAAUGUCCUUUCAGUUUAUACAAAACAAUUAAACAUUUUUCCCCUGUGAUUUUUUCAUGAAGUUUUCAUGAUUCAUGUACUCAAGACAACCUCACUGCUUUUAUCUUUUAACCCUUUUUGUCCAGGAUCAGGUGAUACCACACCACUUAACUCUGACAUUUAUUUAUAACCAUAUGUACAAAGAAUGGAAGGUAAGGAAAUAAACGUGGAUGACUUUUUUUUCUAUUAUUGUUUUUUUAACUUUUGUUGUUAAUAUCGUCAGUUUAAUGGAUUAGCUUAAUAGGGCGUAGACUUUUAAUGUAAUUUUAGGGAUUCGCUUCAGCUCAUUAGACGCAGUUUGAGAUGUACUGCUGUCGAAUGAAAGCACUUGAUGUGUCGUUUUGUCUUUUCGUUAUUCAGUCUAACACUCAUCCUUUUUGGAUUAACCGGGAACACAUCAAACAAGGUGAAAGUGAACAGGCUACACAGCUCAUGCUAACUCCUAAACUUUACUUUAAAAUCAAGCACACUUCAAAGGGCAUAGACAGACAGUAUGGACUCUACUUUACAGGUUUGGCACAAACUAAAACAAACCACCUCUGUGAAGAUGUUUCCAUGCAGACUUUCACAUAAUAAUCAUUCCUUUUUUUUUUCAAAAAAAACACACGUGUGCCUGAAUUUAAGUAUUCCUACAGUAAAACAGUUUCAAUGCAAUCUCUAAUCAAUGCAAUUCCUAAGGGAAACAUGUAACAGAUCAUGUGUAACUUUAUUCUGUGUGUGUAAAUAUGAAUGUACUGAUAGUUCCUGGCUUCAUCAUCAUCAUGUGUUUUCACCUGCAGUGAGAUGUAGUGGUUAAAAGAACGAUCAAGUGAACUACUACGUAAACACUUUGAAAGUAAACAGGACUUGAAGGUGUAUAGCGGGUCCACUAUGCCUCUGCUCAUGUUGCUAUUUCUGAUAUCUAUUUUUAGACAUAGUUGGCUCAAUGUAACAAUGUAACAGACCACAGUGGCUUCUAUUUCCAACUCUGAUUCAACUAUUUCUGGCUCCUUUCCCAAACUCUUCAAUGCCAGGUUAGCCGGUUACCAGCAACAAGGCAUGCACCUCAGUUAAGAGAGUUUGUAAAGACGACUCCUGGAGCAAGAUACAACUUAACUACUUCAGUCAACUUGUAACAGCUUCUUUCGGUGGAAAACAGACAAUGCAUUGGCUUGUUUUGUUACUGUGUCUGCUUUACUACUUUGACAUAAUCAAGUUUUGUUUUCCGGUUACAGAGAGAUUCUUCAUGAUCGAGAGUAGGUGCAAACAUUUGGAAUAACAGAACUAGAUGAGUCUAACUUGUUUUUCCAGAUCAGAUGCAGGCGUUCAUAUCAAAAAUAUUUGUUUAAUAGUUUUCCUUUGUCUCGUCUAAACUGACUUUUCGUAUCGUGCGGUUACAUUUAAGGCCACUCUGUAGCAGUUUUCAGAGCUCAAGAUAAAGGCAUUAAGAUAAAAUCUAUACUUGGUGCUUCACGUAAUGCCUCAGCCUGCCUAUGAAACCCCAAACCAGUCUUACCGACUCUUGCCUUACUCUUUUCCACUGAGCCUCAUUCAGUGUGUUACUGUCACAUAGUAUGUGAUAAAACAUACUGGAUCAGGGCUCUCAAGUUUUCAACUAUAUGGAAAUGAGCCACUAAAACAGCACAGCAAAGGUCAGCAGACAGGUUGACAUUGAUCACAGUAACUGAGAAUAAAAGGACUCUCUUCUCUUGCUUUUUAAUUUGGCCUGUUUUUUUUAAUUAUUGUUUAUUGUCCAUGUCAUUUGUACACCUGUUGUUUUAAGUCUUGGUUAAUGGUGAUGUUUAAGCAUUUUGGAUGAAUUUGUGGGUAUUGUAGUUUUAAAUAUAAUAUCCCAUGUUUACCGGUUUUACACUACCAAGAGAUGCUAACUGCUGUUUUUGUUUCAAAAGCGUACUCAAAUGUCGGUUGUGGAUUUAGUGAAGAAGGCCUUUUUAAGAUGGUGAUGGUGUGUGAAAUAAAAUACUAACUGACCAUACUC